AUGGUUCGAGUCUCAUCACUUUUCGUUUCGACGAUCAUCUGGUGUUUGAUGUUGGCACCUUCCAUUACUACAAGCGCAUCGUCUUCGAGCAUCUUCAGCUGUUCCAACGACGACGUUUCGGCGCAACAGCAAGUCAAUGCCAAUGGAUGUGCUUGCUUCAGCGAAGAGAUUGAACUACGAGAAGCCGUCGAUCAGUUCAUCAGCGAAGGUUGUUCUGACACCAACAACUGCAACAACUGGGUCGUGCAAAAGUAUGGUUGGCCAAUGGGAUCCUGGUGUGUUUCCUCCGUCACCAACAUGUAUCAAUUGUUUUAUGGACGGUCUUUCUUCAAUGAUGACAUUUCAUCAUGGGAUGUUUCAUCCGUUUCAAUUAUGGUGUCCAUGUUCUACCAAGCCACAUCUUUCAAUCAGGACUUGUCAUCAUGGGACGUCUCUUCCGUCGUUGGCACCGUUUCAAUGUUCGAGGGCGCAUCAUCCUUCAAUCAAGAUUUGUCAUCCUGGAAUGUUUCGGCUGUCACUCAGAUGGCGAGUAUGUUCAACGAGGCAUCAUCGUUCAAUGGAGACUUGUCAUUGUGGGACGUUUCUUCUGUCACGCAGAUGUACUGGAUGUUCCGAGGCGCGUCAUCCUUCAAUCAAGAUUUAUCAGCGUGGGAUGUUUCAUCCGUUACAGAUAUGGCAUCCAUGUUCUACUCUUCGUCAUCCUUCAAUCAAGACUUGUCAUCAUGGGACGUCUCUUCUGUCAUCAAUACAUAUUCAAUGUUCAAUGGCGCAUCAUCAUUCAACCAAGAUUUGUCAUCAUGGGACGUCUCUUCCGUCACAGACAUGCAAUUCAUGUUCUACCGGGCAUCAUCGUUCAAUGGAGAUUUGUCAUCAUGGGACGUUUCUUCUGUAGCUGACAUGAGAUGGAUGUUCCGAGACGCGUCAUCCUUCAAUGGAGAUUUGUCAUCGUGGGAUGUCUCUUCUGUCGUUAACACCAAGAAUAUGUUCAACGGGGCAUCAUCCUUCAAUCAAGACCUAUCAUCUUGGGAUGUUUCGUCCGUUACAGAUAUGGCAUUCAUGUUCCACCUGGCCACGUCCUUUGACCAAGACUUGUCACCGUGGAAUGUUUCGAAAGUCGAGUACUCGGAGGGAAUAUUUGAAGGAACUGUUGCUCUCGAUGAAUGUAUCGUGUGCCAGUGGAGUGAUGCUUGGAAGAGACAUUUUAACUGCAUUGGAUGUGCAAGUCCAACCAAUGCCCCGCAUCUCCCGUCCAGUUGUUCCAACGACGACGUUUCGGCGCAACAACAAGUCAAUACCAAUGGAUGUACUUGCUUCAGCGACGAUAUUGAACUACGAGAAGCCGUCUAUCAGUUCAUCAGCGAAGGUUGUUCUGACACCAACAAUUGCAACAACUGGGUCGUUCAAAAGUAUGGUUGGCCUAUGGGAUCCUG